CUCUGAUUAGCAAGCUCGGCGGGCUUCGGUGAUCGCCAGCACGAGUUGUAGCAGGCGCUCCGUGUCUGGAAUGCAGCUGGUAUUCUGCAAGAAGUCGUGACGGGGCGUCUCAGAUUCCGCGCAGGGAGCCUGGUGAUGAUGUUGGAGGCCAUAACUCGUUCGGUCGCCGUUGGCAAACAGUGGCAGGACAAGGCGGGGUUGCCCUUCUUUUCGGUCGCGCGAGCUUGGUGGGAAUCAAACACGCCGUAUACCGAGGUCACCACUCACCUUUUGCCCGGCAAUUCUCUGCAGUCGAAUUCCCUUCCAUACCGAGGACGCUGCUGAGGACACGUAAUAACGCGUCCGACUUCUCACGCGUGCGUCGACUGACGCGCCGGGCGCAUGUCUGAGGGGGUGUCGCAGCUGAAGCAUGAGGGCUCCCAGCGGCAGGUGGUGAUUGCAGGCGCAGUCGCAGGCCUAGUCUCGCGCUUCGUGAUAGCUCCCCUCGACGUCAUCAAGAUCCGCCUGCAACUCCAGAUCCAUUCGCUCUCCGACCCUUUGAGCAUUCGCCAUGUCACGGGUCCCACGUACAAAGGAACAUUGGGCACCCUCAAGCACAUUCUGCGCGAGGAGGGCCUUACUGGCUUGUGGAAGGGCAACAUACCAGCGGAGCUGAUGUACCUGACGUACGGCAGUGCCCAGUUUUCGGCAUACACAUAUGUCUCGCAUAUUCUCGAGGCAAUUCCUCCACCAUACGCCCUGCCUGGCUCCGUGACAAAUUUCAUCAGCGGUGCCUCGGCCGGCGCUGCUGCGACGACGAUUACAUAUCCGCUUGAUCUACUCCGCACACGUUUUGCUGCUCAGGGAAUUGAUCGCGUGUAUACGUCCCUCCCAGCUUCCAUAAGACACAUUGCGCAGCAUGAAGGUCCCACUGGCUUCUUCCGUGGGCUGGGAGCCGGUAUCAGCCAGAUCGUCCCAUACAUGGGUCUCUUUUUCGCGAGCUACGAGAGCUUAAAGCCAAUUACCGCUGCAUCUCCAUUUCCGUUGCCCCUGGGAAGCUCGGAUGCCGUAGCAGGAGUCAUAGCGAGCAUUCUCUCAAAGACUGCCGUCUACCCGCUCGACACUACGCGCAAACGACUGCAGGUUCAAGGCCCCAUGCGAGAGCACUAUGUCCAUCGGAACAUACCUACUUAUACCGGUGUAGUCAGCACUCUAGCCCAUAUCUGGAAAUACGAGGGACGGCGAGGCAUGUACCGGGGUCUGACAGUCAGUCUGCUCAAGGCAGCGCCAGCGAGUGCCGUGACCAUGUGGACGUACGAAAGAACAAUGGGUAUCAUGUUGGCUUUUGACGAGACACACCAAGACGAUUGAGUGUAAUAUAGAGAUUCCUAUAUUGUAUCUAUAUGCUUGGGGAAGAUAGACUUGCCCAAUGUUAA